CAUAACUAAGAUCGGUCUAAUUUUUUUUUAAUCGAAAUCACUUCUUAUUCUUUAAGGCUGAAUUGACCAAAGAGGAGGCAGUUGCCAUUGCGACUGGCUGUAAAGAAGAAGCUGGUGCCUCAGAUGCCGAUUUUGAAGCCAUGGUUAAACAUCAACCUGCUGAGACCACAGAGGGUAAAUGUAUGCGUGCUUGUACUUUAAAGAAAUUCGGAGUGAUGAGCGAAGAAGGUAAAAUGCUUAAAGAUGAAGCUAUAGAAUUAGCUAAAGCCCUUAUUAAGGAUGAGGAGAAAAAAGAACUUGUUACAGAAGUAAUCGAAGCCUGCGAGGGUAUAGAAGUUAGUGAUGAUCAUUGUGAAGCUGCUGAAGAAUAUGGUCAUUGCUUGAAAACUGAAUUCGAAAGUAAAGGUAUCGCCUCAGCUGAAGAUUUAGUAGCAUAAAUACUCUUAUUUGUAUUAAAUAUUGUAACUGAAUGACUCAACGACUGGAAAAAAGCUUUUGUAUAAUGGACAUUUCUUUUUGAAAACAAUUUUUAACGAUUUCUGGGAACUUCUACUUAAAGUGUCAACGAACUACUUUUGUUAAGUAUUUCUCUAAAUGUUUGUUUAUGAAA